CAGAAGCAAUAACAAACAAACCUACUAGUAGAUAGCUAACGCAAGUUGGGGAAACAAAGCACAAAGGCAAAGCGUCUCUUUUACAGUAUACAAACAUAUUACUGUUUUAUAUACUACUAAACGUGUGUAUAUGGACUACUUAGAAGACACUGAGUAAUCUGUCACGGAGACGAUUUAUCGUAACUGCCCUCUGACGUAUGCUAACACUAGCCACACGUCAGCCUGCUAACGUUAAUCAUCCCCGUCUUUGUCGUUUUUUUGUGGAUUUAUAGGAUUGUCGCGAAAGUGGGUAGACAAACAACUUUUAUCCAUUUUACACGGUGACUUGAGAAACCAAAGUGAGACAACUGGAAUAACUAGAUUACAGCCUUCACGGUGCUGAUAUUAGCAGGAUACUAAGUUUAGUGUGACUGUAAGCAACCAAGGAUGGUGCACCUUGGUGUGUGGUGUGUGGGAGUUCGACUGUAUAUCCCUAUACUGGUUUUUUGCAGCAUACUGGUGCCCUCACCCACACAUGCCUAUAUCUAUGCUCAUUAUAGCAAUAUGACCACCAUGUUGUUUGAGGAUCUACCUGCCUUGUUUGGAUCUCCACUUCCUAAGGAUGGACUAAUGGGAGUUUUGGUGGUGGCCCGUCCACUUAAUGGCUGCACAGUAAUAGACCCCCCUCCUCCAUUGCCAACAUCCUAUGAUGCCAACACCACCAAAUUCAUUGUCCUCAUCAGACGCUAUGACUGCAAUUUUGAUAUAAAGGUCUUGCAUGCACAGCGAGCUGGAUACAGUGCUGCAAUUGUUCACAACAUGUAUUCCGACACUCUGCUCAAUAUGAACUAUAGCAAUGAUACUAUUGCAGAGGAGAUUGAGAUCCCUUCAGUUUUCACCAGCUACUAUGCUUCCCAGAUUCUCAGGAAUUUCAUAAUUCCAGAACAAGGGGCCUAUGUGAUCCUCAAGCCAGAGUUUGCUUUUCCACUCUCAUACUACCUUAUUCCCUUCACUGGAGUGGUUGGCAUGAUCAUUCUUGUGAUGUGUGUUGUCUUGAUUAUACGAUGUGUACGGUACAGAAAAAGGCUGAGGAAAAAUCGUUUGUCCAAGGAACAGCUGAAGCGGAUCCCAACCCACAGGUUCAGUAAAGGCGAUGACUAUGAUCUGUGUGCAAUAUGUUUGGAUGAGUAUGAAGAAGGAGACAAGCUGCGAGUUUUACCUUGUUCCCACGCCUACCACUGCAAGUGUGUAGACCCAUGGCUCACACGGACCAAGAAGACGUGUCCUGUGUGCAAACAGCGCGUCACUCGAAACAACCCAGAGCACUCCGAGUCUGAGUCUGAGGAGGAAACUGGAGGACGUGGGGGGGAAGAAGGAACCGAGGGUGAAGCAGACUCGGAGCGCACUCCUCUGCUUCGGCCCUCCAACCCGGGGUCCCCCGCAAGGAGCCAAGGGGCCUAUUCAGCUACCACCACCACCACCACCACUACUGCCCAGUGCCUCGCCUCCCCUGCACACUGCGACUCUCCCAUCCUGGGUUAUGAAGGCUACUACUCCCCCCAGGAGGACACGGACUCAGAAAGUGAUGACACAGGAGAGGACAGGCACCACACUGAUGAUGACACUGCUCAGCUCAUUGGUAGGGAUAGAGUGGAGAUCUGAUGGCCGGAACUUGGCUGCAAUGAGAUUACUUAGUUUUACCUAAAAAGGGUCCUUUCUGUAAUCAGCCGUGCUGUUAUCACACUGUACUUUAAAAUAGUUUGCUGAUUUAUGGUUAGCUAGACAUUUAGGAUUCUUGCAAAUGAAUCUCUUACCCGUUAACCAGAGGAGAUCUACUUGUUACUGUCAAAGCACAUGCAGCACCCGCAUUGAUCAGUUUUACCAAAAUCAACCUACUUCUAUACACACAUUCGCUCCAGUACUCCUAUUUGCCUGCAGACCUCCUUUUUUAAUGCAUGCUGUAAUUCAUAACUUGACCGCACCAUAUGACCUAACCACUAGUGCUGCACAAAAAGAAUGGGCCAUUUAACUGUUUGAUUAGGUAAGAGAAAGACUCAUGUAGAUGAAGCCUGUGUAAACAAACAGAAUUAAUUCUGUGCUCACACUUUCAGUGGAUCUUCUAGGUUAGUGCAGUUUGAAGAGUCUCUGUUGUCUUAAUCGUAACUGCUAUAUGUCUGACAGUCCUUUUACACAACUUUGAAUUGUCUUCUAACAAGGAUGUGCAAGUGGACGAGGAAUUGUUCCUCCUUUUUUAUUUUUUUUAAUCCAUUUAGCUUUCUUUUACAUUUCAGUUUUUUUGAAAUGUCAGAUUUUUCUCAAAUUCCACAGUUCAUCACGCUACAAUAGAAUAUUGCAAAGAUGUUAUACAUUUCUGCUUCUUUUACUUCAUUAUUGAUACUACUGCAUGGUCAGUUUAAGAAAAAUAUUUUUAGCUUUAUCCAGUUUGUCAAGUUGAACAAACUCAGGUUUAUAGAAACAAAUUAAGGGUCAGUGGGUAUUCUAAAUGAAUAACAUAAUGAGAGUUUCCUUAAAAUUGUCUUAUAAAUUGUUUUAGCUUUUUCAGUAAACUGCAGUAUUUAAUGAAUUUAUCUCAAUUUUUAUACACAAGAGAAUGACAACAUAUUGAAUCGUAGGACCCUGGAGGUGUUUUUAGGAAAAAAGAGCAUUGCCUUACAUUGGCCUUGUACAUGUGUAUGUUAAAUUAAAUGUUUGGAAAUCAAAGGGGCAGGAUCCACGCUCCUUUGUUUUCCUCUUGUCUAGCUGUAUUUAACACUGCUGGUUAGAAAGCUCUGAUCUUGUUCCCUGGUCUGAAAAUGCGCUUCACAUUUGUUUUAUAGUGACAAACAAGGAAGAGAGAGCCUGUUUCCACAUGUUUAGUGCUAGUAAUGAUAGAGAGAGCCAGCUUAAUCAUGCUCAACUGGCACCUGAAAACUUGGACAAGCUCAGCGGCUGUCAAACGAGUUUCUCUACUUUUUAAAAUGUCCUGGGUUGGAUCGAUGUUGUUGAUUUUAUAUAAAGAGCAGAACAAAUUGGAACCUUAAAAAGUUUUUUAAGCCAAACUGUUUCAUUGCUCCAAAUAAAUAUGCAGUGUCUAACUUGA